AUGUAUGGUUGUAAAAGUGGCUUCCUUAGUUUUUUUGGUGGGGGGCAUCGGGUUCCUCCACCUGUGCUGAACUUGUCCAUCAGGGGGCGCCCACAUCCGCCACAAAACACCCUAUUCCUAGACAUCUGGGUUCUGCAAGCCCUUAGCACGCCAACUGGGGGCAGAUCCGAGGGAGCUCCCAGCCUCUCUCGCUCCUCCCUCCUUGCCUGCUUCUGCCGAUCGGGGAGGCAGGGAUUUCACACUAGCCAUUCAUUUGUCAGCCGUGGGGGAGGGGACGUAGGAGCGCAAGAGACUGAGCAAAGGCUGGGAGAAGGGAAGGGAGGCAGAGAAGAUGGAGCCAGAAGACGGAGAGACAAAGAUGAGAAACGGGACAUAGAUAGCAAGACUGUCUUUCAGUCUGUGGGUGUGCGCACGGUGGGACAGCUCUCCCUAGGACUUGCUGGGGCGCAGCUGGAUCGGAGAGCAAAUAGUUUAAGCUAUGACACUAUUUUUCUACCUCGUUCUCCGCUGCCUAACACAGUGGCCGCUCCACGCCCAGUGACACAGACAGCGAGCCGGGACAACCCUGAUGCCCCCAUAUCCGCGCGCACUAGGGAUGUCGUCCGGAGGCGCCCACACCUCUGCAGGGUGUCAAGCUUUUCCCGCCCAGGAGCUUCCCAGACCUCCGCGGCACUCCAACAACCCCACCCCCAUACCCUGCUCCCUCCCGGCCGUCCUCCGCGCUCCGCGCGCAGGACAAAAGAACCCUGGGGCACCGAGGAGGGCCUUGACAGCCCCCAAGUCCCCAAAGAGACGCAGCCGGGGGACCCUGCCCAUCUCCCGGCCGGACCUCUUCCCAGACUGCCUGCGGGCAGAGGGGGUCACGUCCGCCCAGGUCCCGGGCUGCUGGGGCGCAGGACCGUCCUGUCAGGAGCUGCCCUGGAACAGCAUUCCAGGAACACCAGGUUAACAAAAAACAACAAAAAAAAACAAACAAAAAAAGACGAAGAAGAAAAAGAAGAAGAAAGAAAAGAAAAAGAAAGAAAGAAAAAAGAAAAGAAAAAAAAAGCUCAAGGUGCCAUUGGUCCCUCCUGCUCUCCAGCUCAAGACCCCACGACUUUUCUAAGGGUUCGCUACAAUUCUCUUCCCUCCCUUCCCCCAAUUCCGUUAGUCCUUCUACCCCCACCCGAUUCCGGAUUUCUUUUGUCUGCAUCUUUUCAGCACCACGGUCCCUCGGUAUUCCUCUCUCCAAACGUCCUUCUGAAAGUUACCUGCAUUUUUAAAGUGCAUAUAUUUUCUUAACUUCGCCU